AUGAAGAUACCCGUGUUGUCUCUCACCUUAUCCUUGGCCAGUCAGGUCUUAGCUGGUGGCUUCGCAGACAGCUGUCGUCACUACUACAUCAACCCAUUCGACAAGUCAUAUAUUGUGGGCACGUGCAAGAGGAGAUCUGGUUAUGAGUUCACGAAUUCCCUCAACAUGAACAUCUGUCUCAAGGACAACGCCGGACAGUUCCAGUGGGCCCGCAAUGGCGACGGCCUCAAAUCUUGCGAACCCUGCCGUCUGGAUGGAACGGUGCUCAGCUGUCAGUGUGCAACUGGCAAGGGCUUGAGGCGCACUACCUCAAUCGAUCUUAAUGAAAAGGUUGGCAACGACGACGGAAAGCUGGUUUGCGUUGUCUAA